AUGCACCCUUCCUCCCCCGCCCCGGGCGUGCAUUUGGAACCCAGUCCAGCAAAAGCCUCCGUGCACAAACGCUUCGUGGCAGGCUUUGUCCGACGCCCCUGCGGUGAUCUCAUCGACUGCUUCGGCCCGUCCCAAGCCCAGGUCAACUCGGCGUGGUCUCAGAUCCGGCAGCACGCCUUGCAGAGCCCGAGUAGCACCACCACCGCCGCCGCCGCCGCCGCCGCCGCCGCCGCCAGAGCGGCGUCUCUGACAACCGCCCACUUUGAGCUUGAGCUUGAGCUUGGGCUUGGGCUUGGGCUUGGGCUUGGGCUGGGCCCUGGGCUGAACGCCACGACGGCGCCCCAAGCACAGCCCAGCAAGCCCAAGCAAUCCUACUCGUUGUAUCAGGCGUACCGGCCCACGUCUCAGCAGUUUGUCGGCAUCAUCCUACAAUCAGGACCCAGCCGCGAGCACGACGUCUUCUUCUCCCAUCUGCUUCUGUCAAGCCUGCAUGUCGACACCGCGGUGGACCACGACGUGCUCCGCGGCCUCGACAACAACGUCCACGUCCUCACAGAUUCCAUCGUCGACCUGUUUGACCGGCGUCUCCGAUAUGUUGCCAAGAACGACAAGUGGUCGUCGGGCGGCAAGGACGUGUUCCGCCAAAACGUCUACUCCUUCACCUCGCGAGGCGCAAUGGUGGAAUUCUGUCUGCCCGCCUUCCCCUGCAAGUCGUCCAGCCUGAGCAAAGUCUUGUCCGCGGCCCCGGACCGAGGCGAGUGCCUGGCCCUGACCAACAUGCACGACUUUCUGCACGACGUGGAAGCCAUCUAUUCUCCGGGGGCGAAGCUCUGGAUCAUUAGCGACGGACACGUCUUUAGCGACUGCAUCGGUGUGGACGACGAUGUGGUUGACGAGUACGCAUCGCAGCUCAAGGCCAUGAACGACCGCAUCGUGGCGCUCAGAGACGGCAAGCACAGGAUCGGCUUCAAGUCCCUGCCCGACUUGUUCAGCUGCGGUGCCCCCGACGGCAGCCUGGACGACACUUCCAAGAUCGCCAAGGACCUGCCCGAGCUGGACCACCACAUCUCCACCAAGAUGAACCCCGAAGCCGAACUUUGCCGGCAAGUCUUGACGCUGGGAUUCCAGCUCGACCAGGCAGAGUUGCGAAGCAUCCUCUCGUCCCAGGACGCCGCCAUGAUUGCCCUCUACCGCGGAUUCUCAAAGUUCAUGCUGGAGGAUCUCACCACGAACCAGUACACGCGCCAUCUGAACCGUAGCCAGCUGAGGAAAAAAUCGGCCAAGGUGGCCUUUGAGAUGAUUCAGCGCAACCAAGCUUACUCGAAUCUUGUGCAAAUGCUCUUCCCGCACCACGUGCGUCUGUCUAUCCACGCCCAUGACAAUUCUGGCCCCAAAUUCGGAAUCCAGAUGCUGGGAAAAGGAAUCAUACCCACCGAUACGCUCCCCCCUGACGGCAAGGACGUCAACUGCUGCGACCAGCUGCAUGUCCCUACGCCCUGGCACAACUGCGUCGUGGAGAUGAGCGGACACGCCAAUCUGUACAUAACAAAGUCCGGCAUCGCGCGACGGGCAUUAUCGUCGGUGGACUUGUCGGGCGGGAUUGUGGAGUCUCCGGAUCAGGGCCAGUAUGUUUAUAUGGAGCGAUCAUGUAACUCUUUGUAA